GGUGAGUCCGGAACAGAUAAAACCACCACGGGCUUCGUUCCUCCUCAGUUCAUUGCCAUCCGUUCACCUUCCACUUCUUUUGGCGUCUUAUUUCUUAGCUGAAUGAUUUGUUCGCCAUGGUCUCGCUGCAAGUCUCUAUUCUUUCUCCAAAUUCCGGAUUCUCUUUUGGUAAUCUUUACGGCCAAGGAUACCGACUCGAUCUAGGUUCACUAAAGCACGCCAUAAAUUGCUCGCUCCCAACAAGAAAGACUGGAUCUUUGCAUAGAUAUGGGCGCUUCAUCGAGUAUCCUCGGCAGGUGUUUCCAUAUCCAGGAGGUAAUUUGAAAGAUUUGAUUUUGGUGGGUAGAGGGAGGAAGGGGAGCUUGGUUGUAGUCGGAGCCAACCAGGGAUUUGGUUUCAAUGGUGGUGGUGGAGGAGAUUGGGACAAGGGUAUCACCACGAGGGUGCUGGGUAAUCUGGCUUUGGCUUUCGGGCUGACAUACCUCACCAUGACCGGGCAACUUGGCUGGAUCUUGGAUACUAUCGUUUCCAUCUGGCUCCUUGCAGUAUUGUUACCUAUUGUGGGGUUUGGCGCUUUCUUCUGGUUUGCUGGACGAGACAUAGUUCAAAGUGGUUGUCCCAACUGUGGAAAGGAAUUCCAGAUUUUGAAGUCAGCUAUGAAGGAUGGUCCACAACUGUGCCCUUUCUGCAGUCAACCUUUCUCUGUACAGGGCAACAUGUUUGUAAGAGAAUCAGCUAGGUUUUCAUCUGAACGCUCCACAAAUUACGGACAAGCCUUCAAUGGAUUCUCAUCUCGAGUUGAGAAAGGAAAGGCCUCUUCUGCUGCAGUUGUUGACAUUGAAGCCGAAGUGAAGGACAUAGAUUGAUUUCUUU